UUUGGCACUUGGUCACACUUGACUUUCGGUCAAAACAAACUGCACAAUAAUUAAUGUAUUUAAGAACUUUUGAUACCACUGCAAAAGUAGGCAAAAUUCAGGUGCUAUAUGUAUGCAAUUGAUAUAUAGACAGCAUGGAAAUCGGCAGCGAUCAGUCCUACCAGGACUUCUUUGACAAGUUGCGUAGUGAAUCGGCACCUCGAAACUUGCGCCAGAUCUUCGAGGACGACGAUCGUCCACUGGCGAACGAAUCAACCAGUUUGCGUUAUCAACCAGGUAGCUCCAAGAAAUCGCAGGCUGGCAAGCGACCGGCAAUGAGCAGGAGUAGCACCCUGGAAACGGGUGAUCCACCGCCGGCCGCCUGGAACACGGCCAUUGCCAAGGUGGUGCAUGCGUAUCAGAGCAACGAGAAUGUGGGACGCGUUGGUCUGGCCCUCUCGAUUCUGGGCGAGAUGGAGGCCAGCAAGCUGAUUGUCUACAGGAGCAAGAGCCAGGUGCUGACCACGCUGCAAUUGACGCCGCGUGGCGGCAAGGUGAUACUGCGGGAAUCCUAUUUGCAGUUCUACGAUGACGAGCAGCGCUGCUGGAGCCUGCGAUUCGACAAGGAAACGGAUGAGCAGGAAUUCGUAACGCUUAUGCGCAAAAACAAACUGCCAGUGGAGCACUUUCUCAGCGAGGUUUCCAGCUCGGCAUCGCCUUCCUGCGAGGACUCCAAGUCCCAGGUUAAAUCUACGGUCACAAAGGCGACGGCCAAUCCCCCACAGCCGCAACCACGUUCCCGCGUGGCGCUUCCAACGCUGGAGAAGCCGGAUGACGAGGAACCCGUAGAGGAACCAACGCCUUCCAACGAGGAUGUGAUAGUCACGCCACUGCCCCGACCCAUAGGCUCGUCAAAUAGCCAGAGAAAGCCCAGUUCCAGUUCCCUGGCGGUGGCCACCACUGCACCGAGCGGCGAUACUCCGUUGGCUGUGACAACACUGGACAAAUAUCUGGACGAACAGCGAGCCUCGGGUGUGUUGAUGGAGCACAAGAUGGACGCCAUUCUGCAGGCCAUGAAUCGCAUGGGUGGCGGCAAGUCGAGUGUGCCCCCAGAGAAGUCAAGUGAUCCGCUGCUGGAACGCGACAGCGAGGACGAAAUGUUGGAACUGGAGCAGAAGCUGCUCAACUUCAAGCGGGAGAAUCGUGCACUCAUGCGAAACCUCAAAGCGCGCGAACAGGCGCUGGAGGAUCUACGCUGCUCCGCGUGCGCUCUAUGCGAGGAGCUACUGGUCCAGAACAGCGAUCUCAAGGAGCAGAAUGCCCAGCUAUUGGCCAGCAAGCAUAUUUCUGAUGCAAGCACAGCUUCCCCUGCCCAUUGUCGCAGCUGCGAGCAGUCUUCCCGGCAAAUAGCCAAAAUGCAGCGACAAAUCGCCGCCCUGCAUGAAGCACUGCGAAUCUUUCAGAAGUCGGGCGACUCCCAGUCGGGCCGUUUAUAGUACCUAUGUAAGCGUAUAUGUUCUGUAUUACUAUCCAAAAAUGUAUUAAAUCGUUCGUUAGGUCUCGUAACAUA